AUGUCGUCGGGGAACCGGAAUUACCACGGGGAGUUCAACCAGAAGAUCGAUUAUGUGUUCAAGUUGGUUCUGAUCGGGGACGCGGCGGUGGGGAAGUCGCAGCUGCUCGCUCGCUUCGCCCGCAACGAGUUCAGCGUCGACUCCAAGGCCACCAUCGGCGUCGAGUUCCAGACCCGCACUCUCGCCAUCAACGAGAAGACGAUCAAGGCCCAGAUCUGGGAUACCGCCGGCCAAGAAAGAUAUCGAGCAGUAACUAGUGCAUACUAUAGAGGAGCCGUAGGAGCAAUGUUGAUUUAUGACAUAACCAAACGUCAAUCGUUUGACCAUGUGGCAAGAUGGCUAGAGGAACUGCGAAGCCAUGCUGAUAGGAACAUUGUGAUUAUGCUCAUCGGGAACAAGUCUGACCUUGGAAGUCUUCGAGCAGUUCCAACUGAGGAUGCUAAGGAGUUUGCCCAACGUGAAAAUCUCUUUUUUAUGGAGACCUCUGCUCUUGAAGCUACUAAUGUCGAGAACGCCUUCCAAACUGGCCUCACUGAAAUUUAUGGAAACGUGAGCAAGAAGUCCCUUGCUGCUAAUGAAGAUAGGGGAUCUGCUGGGAACUCAAACCAGCUCAAAGGAACUCAAAUAGUAGUCCCUGGUCAGGAGCCUCCGAGUGGGGGUAAUGCUUCAUGUUGUUCGUCCUAAUAUACUUUUGGGAUCUUGAUCAUGGAUGGAUUUUUGUCUUGGCUUGUCAAUCAAAUUGUGGAUAGGUUUUUAGUACAUUUCCCUAUUAUUUGGUUCAUUCAUCA